CGCCGCCGCCGCCAGCUCGCUCCCGCCGGGCCUGCGCCGCCGCCGCCCCCGGCACCCGAGCCAUGGCGGGCGCCGCGUCCCCCUGCGCCAACGGCUGCGGGCCCAGCGCGCCCUCGGACGCCGAGGUGGUGCACCUCUGCCGCAGCCUCGAGGUGGGCACCGUCAUGACUUUGUUCUACUCCAAGAAGUCGCAGCGGCCCGAGCGGAAGACCUUCCAGGUCAAGCUGGAGACGCGGCAGAUCACGUGGAGCCGAGGCGCCGACAAGAUAGAGGGGGCCAUUGACAUUCGCGAAAUCAAGGAGAUCCGCCCAGGGAAGACCUCACGGGACUUUGAUCGCUACCAAGAGGAUCCUGCUUUUCGACCGGACCAGUCCCACUGCUUCGUCAUCCUGUAUGGAAUGGAAUUCCGCCUGAAGACCCUGAGUCUCCAAGCCACGUCUGAGGACGAAGUGAACAUGUGGAUCAAGGGCCUGACUUGGCUGAUGGAGGACACAUUGCAGGCGGCCACACCCCUGCAGAUUGAGAGGUGGCUGCGGAAGCAGUUCUACUCAGUGGACCGGAACCGUGAGGACCGGAUAUCGGCCAAGGACCUGAAGAACAUGCUGUCCCAGGUCAACUACCGGGUCCCCAACAUGCGCUUCCUCCGGGAGCGGCUGACGGACCUGGAGCAGCGCACCAGUGACAUCACCUACGGGCAGUUCGCACAGCUGUACCGCAGCCUCAUGUACAGCGCCCAGAAGACGAUGGACCUUCCUUUCCUGGAAGCCAGCGCCCUGAGGGCGGGGGAGCGGCCGGAGCUGUGCCGGGUGUCCCUUCCUGAGUUCCAGCAGUUCCUCCUCGAGUACCAAGGGGAGCUGUGGGCGGUGGACCGGCUCCAGGUGCAGGAGUUCAUGCUCAGCUUCCUCCGAGACCCCUUGCGAGAGAUUGAGGAGCCUUACUUCUUCCUGGACGAGUUCGUCACCUUCCUAUUCUCCAAGGAGAACAGCAUAUGGAACUCGCAGCUAGACGCGGUGUGCCCCGACACCAUGAACAACCCCCUGUCCCACUACUGGAUCUCCUCCUCGCACAACACGUACCUGACCGGGGACCAGUUCUCCAGCGAGUCCUCCCUGGAAGCCUAUGCUCGCUGCCUGCGGAUGGGCUGCCGCUGCAUUGAGUUGGACUGCUGGGACGGCCCGGAUGGGAUGCCGGUCAUUUACCAUGGACAUACUCUGACCACCAAGAUCAAGUUCUCAGACGUCCUGCACACCAUCAAGGAGCACGCCUUUGUGGCCUCAGAGUACCCGGUCAUCCUGUCCAUCGAGGACCACUGCAGCAUUGCCCAGCAGAGGAACAUGGCCCAGUAUUUCAAAAAGGUGCUUGGGGACACACUCCUCACCAAGCCCGUGGAUAUUGCAGCCGACGGGCUCCCCUCCCCCAACCAGCUCAAGAGGAAGAUCCUUAUCAAGCACAAGAAGUUGGCUGAGGGCAGUGCCUACGAGGAGGUGCCUACAUCGGUGAUGUACUCUGAGAACGACAUCAGCAACUCCAUCAAGAAUGGCAUCCUCUACCUGGAAGACCCUGUGAACCAUGAGUGGUACCCCCACUACUUCGUCCUGACCAGCAGCAAGAUCUACUACUCGGAGGAGACCAGCAGCGACCAGGGCAACGAGGAUGAGGAGGAGCCCAAGGAGGCCGGUGGCAGCACAGAGCUGCACUCCAACGAGAAGUGGUUCCACGGGAAGCUUGGGGCGGGCCGGGACGGCCGGCACAUCGCCGAGCGCCUGCUCACCGAGUACUGCAUCGAGACCGGCGCCCCCGACGGCUCCUUCCUCGUGCGCGAGAGCGAGACCUUUGUGGGCGACUACACUCUGUCCUUCUGGCGGAAUGGCAAAGUCCAGCACUGCCGAAUCCACUCCCGGCAGGACGCGGGCACCCCCAAGUUCUUCCUGACGGACAACCUCGUCUUCGACUCCCUCUAUGACCUCAUCACGCACUACCAGCAGGUGCCCCUGCGCUGCAACGAAUUUGAGAUGCGCCUCUCAGAGCCGGUCCCGCAGACCAACGCGCACGAGAGCAAAGAGUGGUACCACGCCAGCCUGACCAGAGCGCAGGCCGAGCACAUGCUGAUGCGUGUACCCAGGGACGGGGCCUUCCUGGUGCGGAAACGGAACGAGCCCAACUCCUACGCCAUCUCCUUCCGGGCUGAGGGCAAGAUCAAGCACUGCCGCGUCCAGCAGGAGGGCCAGACCGUGAUGCUGGGCAACUCAGAGUUUGACAGCCUUGUCGACCUCGUCAGCUACUACGAGAAGCACCCACUGUACCGCAAGAUGAAGCUGCGCUACCCCAUCAACGAGGAGGCUCUGGAGAAGAUUGGCACAGCUGAGCCUGACUACGGCGCGCUGUAUGAGGGCCGCAACCCUGGCUUCUAUGUGGAGGCGAACCCCAUGCCCACGUUCAAGUGCGCCGUCAAAGCUCUCUUCGACUACAAAGCGCAGCGGGAGGACGAGCUGACGUUCACCAAGAGUGCCAUCAUCCAGAACGUGGAGAAGCAGGAGGGAGGCUGGUGGCGGGGUGACUACGGUGGGAAGAAGCAGCUGUGGUUCCCUUCAAACUACGUGGAGGAAAUGGUCAGCCCGGCGGCCCUGGAGCCCGAGAGGGAGCACUUGGACGAGAACAGCCCACUCGGGGACUUGCUCCGGGGAGUCCUAGAUGUGCCAGCUUGUCAGAUAGCCGUCCGUCCCGAGGGCAAGAACAACCGGCUGUUCGUCUUCUCCAUCAGCAUGGCCUCGGUGGCACACUGGUCCCUGGAUGUGGCUGCCGACUCGCAGGAGGAACUGCAGGACUGGGUGAAGAAGAUCCGGGAGGUGGCGCAGACAGCGGACGCCAGGCUCACCGAGGGCAAGAUGAUGGAGCGGAGGAAGAAGAUCGCCCUGGAGCUCUCAGAGCUCGUCGUCUAUUGCCGGCCUGUCCCUUUCGACGAAGAGAAGAUUGGCACCGAACGGGCCUGCUACCGCGACAUGUCGUCCUUCCCGGAGACCAAGGCCGAGAAGUACGUGAACAAGGCCAAAGGCAAGAAGUUCCUCCAGUACAACCGCCUGCAGCUCUCCCGCAUCUACCCUAAGGGCCAGCGGCUGGACUCCUCCAAUUACGACCCCCUGCCCAUGUGGAUCUGCGGCAGCCAGCUUGUGGCCCUCAACUUCCAGACCCCAGACAAACCCAUGCAGAUGAACCAGGCCCUGUUCCUGGCCGGCGGGCACUGCGGCUACGUGCUGCAGCCCAGCGUCAUGCGCGAUGAGGCCUUCGAUCCCUUUGACAAGAGCAGCCUCCGCGGGCUGGAGCCGUGCGCCAUCUGCAUCGAGGUGCUGGGGGCCCGGCACCUGCCGAAGAACGGCCGAGGCAUCGUGUGUCCUUUUGUGGAGAUCGAGGUGGCCGGAGCCGAGUAUGACAGCAUCAAGCAGAAGACGGAGUUUGUGGUGGACAAUGGACUGAACCCUGUGUGGCCAGCCAAGCCCUUCCACUUCCAGAUUAGUAACCCCGAGUUCGCCUUCCUGCGCUUCGUGGUCUAUGAAGAGGACAUGUUUAGUGACCAGAACUUCCUAGCUCAGGCUACCUUCCCAGUGAAAGGUCUGAAGACAGGCUACAGAGCGGUGCCUCUGAAGAACAACUACAGUGAGGGCCUGGAGCUGGCCUCCCUGCUCGUCAAGAUUGACGUGUUCCCUGCCAAGCAGGAGAACGGCGACCUCAGCCCCUUCGGGGGCGCUUCCCUGCGGGAGCGGAGCUGUGACGCCUCGGGCCCGCUGUUCCACGGCCGGGCCCGGGAGGGCUCCUUUGAAGCUCGCUGCCAGCAGCCCUUUGAGGACUUCCGCAUCUCCCAGGAGCAUCUCGCAGACCAUUUUGACGGUCGGGAUCGCAGGGCCCCACGCAGGACUCGGGUCAACGGAGACAACCGCCUCUAGCCAUGCCCCAGCCUCGCGGAGAGCAGCAGGUGCCGUGCCAUGCACGGAGAGGGGGCCAUGGACUGGGUUCCAGGGAAGCGGCCUAUGGGGCCGCCCUUCCUGGCCUCGCCGCCUAGAGCCCAGAUUCCAGCCGUGGACACUAGACGAAAAGCACGCCAUUAAUGAGAUGUAUUCCUAUUUUGGGCCUCCACGCCCCAGCUCUGGGUGAAGGCAAAAAACUGUACUGUCUAGCCUUUAAGCACACACACCUGGCCUUGCCUUCUGGAGAUGGAGCCUUCCAUCUUGGGACCACCACGGCCACUGCCUCUCGGAGAGAGAGGCUGCCUCAGCUGGCGGCACAGGAGGCUCCGAGGAGCCGCUGACAUUCCUGAGAGGAGCGGAACAGCAGCAGCCUUGCUGGGCUUGGGAGUCAACGUUUACACAGUCCUGCAGCUUUAAACCCCAGCCGGGCAGGGAGGGAGAGGAGGUGUCCUGGAGCCCGGGCGGAGGAGCACAGGGCCUGCCUGGAGAGGAGGGCACAGCACAAGGGCACGCUGCCCACGGCCAGGAGCGCCACCCACCUGACCGACACAGAGCCUCGUGUGCAGGGCAGCAGUAUCGGGCAGCCAGGCCGUGAGGGGCCGGUGGAGGAGGCCGGGGUGGCCCGGGUGCCACCUAGAACAGGGAGAGCGACAGCGAGUUGCAGGGCCACUGCUGCAGUGCCCCGGGGCACCCACUGGGCCGCAGUGCCCCCUGCCUGCAGCCUGGGCACAAGCCUGAAGGACCUGCUCACCAGGGGGCACAUGUCUGUGGGCACUGGGCAGUAGGUGGCUCCUCCCACAUCGUCAGUGAGGACGGGCCUGCGUUUGCGUCAUGGCCCCCCAAGAGCCAGAGCAAGACGCCAGCUGGGUCAGGACUGAUGGGCACCUGUGGGCCCGGAGUGGAAAGGCCAGUCUCCACGGCAGAGGUCCAGCUGGGCACUGGCCGCCACGCAUUCAGGAAACGCCCUCACACAAGGAACAUGUCCUCCCACAGCAGCUCAGCAGGCCAGCCCUGAGUCCCAAAUCAGAGUGGAGACCAUUUUCCCUGUCACAGCAAAACACCUUGGAUUGGAGUCUGCCAGACGACCCUGCAAGAGGACGCUGUCUGGGUGAUCUUGAGCGUUUGUGAAAUCAAUCAGAUCCUGACAAUAGACAGACAUGUUGUUGGAGUAUGGACUUGUAAAGUUUAUUUUUGCACACUCUGUUUCUCACGACCUUCAUUCCUUCACGUAGGAUGUAUGAUUUUCUAUGUCUUCCACUUCUGACCUGAAAGCUGCUUGGUGGGGGGAUGGGACUGGGGAAGCAAAAUGAACGAACUUAUCUGCGCACUGUGGCAGACCUGUUAUUUUUAUGGAUUUUACAGCUCAGUUAACAGUGUUACCUUUUUAAGAUUUCUAUAUACUCUUCAGAAGAACCACUGAGCCGUUCAAGCCUUGUUAUUAUCCGAUCCCAAUAGUGAUUCCAUUUUCUAUAGCUUUUAGGAUAGACAAUAAAUUAUUUAACAUUAUAUUAAACUUUCCAUAUCAUGGACUGUAAACCGAAGGAAAUCACACGGUUUCUCAGAAUACGUAUUGACUUAUUUAAACUAAUUCUGAAAUGGUAUUUCAAAGUACCACCUCCCAAUCAGCUGUCCAUAGCAAACAUGUCUAUAUAUGGUUGCCAACGUUUGGUUUAUAAUUUAAAUGUUAAUAAAAAUUUGAAAUUUUAUUGAAAAA